AUGCCCAUCACCCAAGAGAAUGCCCUGAGCCACGUCCCCCUGCUGGAGUGCUGGCUGAGGGCUCAGUCGGAGGAGGGCGAGGACGAGGAUGAGGAGCGGCGGGCGCAGGGCGGGCCCCUUUGCCGGGCCGCCAUCCGCAAGCUGGUGGAGUACAUCCAGCUGAACUUCAGCGAGGGGGACGGCGGCACCCCGCUGCCGCCCGCCUCCUUCCGGGAGGGCGUGGACGUGGAGGUGCGCGCCGUGUGCCUCUCCAAGUCGGAGGGCGACGGGGACGAGUUCGGCCUCAGCUUCGGGAACAUCCCCAUCUUCGGGGACCCGGAGGGCAGGAAGAAGGGAGGGCGGAGACGCAGGAGGAAGGGGGACAAGGGCCCCGUGCUGGACGUGGGCUGCAUCUGGGUGACGGAGGUGAGGAAGAUGAGUCCCGCCGCCCGCUGCGGCGAGAUCAAGCUGCGGGACGAGCUGCUGUCACUCAACGGCCAGCUGAUGGUGGGCGUGGACGUCACCGGAGCCAGUGGCUGCUACCGUGUCCACCCCCGCCCCGGCUCCCAGCGGCCCCGCUCCACUUACCUGGCUGAUCAGUGCUGGAAUGGCGGAUGCAUCUACCUGAUCAUGCUGCGGCGCAUCAAACGCAAGGCCCCCCUCCCUCCGUGCAAUGGCAGCGUCGGCAGCGGGGGCGGCGCCGGCGAGCACAGGAGCAGCGUCUCCUCCGAGCCCGGGGGCAGCCCGGCGCAGAACGGCAAGCGCACGCGCAAGUUCGGGGUCAUCUCCCGCUCCUCUUUCACGCGCGACAGCAAGGACAGCAAGGACGGCCGCGACUUCGAGCAGGAGAACGGCUACGGCUCGUCCAUGGACGCCGAGGCCACGCCCCCGCAGGGCGGCACUCCCACGAGCACGCCCACGGAGGAGAGGCCGGCGGCCGUGCCCGCUGCGACGGUGCCCGCCCACAUGCACAACGGGGGGUACGCCGCCACCCUGCCGGCCCACCCCCGAAUACGGCUCUCUGAAAGCUGCAAGACCGAGUCUUUGAGCAGCGAGCCCUCCAGCCAGCUCCGGGAGGGAAGCCGAAUCUGGAAGAUGCACAUGGUGAAGGGGCAGGACGGCCUGGGCAUCCAAAUCACGGGAGGCCGGGGGUCCAAGAGGUCCCCGCACGGCAUCAUCGUGGCCCACGUAGAGGAGGGCGGUGCCACCCAGAGAGACGGCAGGCUGAAGGCAGGGGACGAGCUUCUGAUGAUCAACGGCCAGUCCCUGGUGGGGCUCUCUCACCACGAGGCGGUGGCCAUCCUCCGGUCCUCCGCAGGGCUGGUGCAGCUGGUGGUGGCCAGCAGGGAGGAAUCGGAUGUGGAUUUCCACAAGUACCCCUCCACCAGCCUGCCGGACCUGGUGAGCACGUGCUCGUCCCAGGGCACCUCUCCAUCCCCCACAGACAACAAGGAGAACAUGGAGCCGGAUGUGGAGGACGUGACUGCCAGCAGCCUCUCCCUGCCCACACAGGACUCCUUUACAGAGCUGGACAAACUGGAGGAUCGCGGGCGGAUAGAGGGACCCAAAGGAUGCUGUCGAAGCCCGACGCCAAUGAAAUUCCGAAGCCGAUCCCAAGGUGGAGGGAGCCGGCUGGAGUCGGUCGGAGAGGACGACGAGCUGAUCGUGGAGAAUGGCGACGCCGGCAGUGACGUGUCAGAGAAGCCGGCACGGGGAGGGCGCAAACACUCCCUUCCCCAACAGCUCGACACCGUGGGCAUCAGACAGGAAUAUCAAAUCGUGAAGAAAUCGGCGCGUUCCCUGAGCACCGUUCAAGUGGAGUCUCCAUGGCGACUGGCCCAACCGUCCAUUAUCUCCAACAUAGUGCUGAUGAAAGGACAGGGCAAGGGGCUUGGCUUCAGUAUCGUUGGUGGCCAGGACUCUGCUCGUGGUCGGAUGGGAAUUUUUGUCAAGACGAUUUUCCCCAACGGCGCAGCAGCCGCAGAUGGAAGGUUGAAGGAGGGGGAUGAAAUACUGGAGGUGAAUGGGGAAUCUCUGCAGGGCCUCACCCACCAGCAGGCCAUCCAGACGUUCAAGCAACUGAAGAAGGGCGUGGUGACGCUGACGGUGCGCACACGCCUCCGCAGCCCGAGCCUCACCCCCUGCCCCACCCCCACCCUGCUCAGCCGCUCCAGCUCGCCCAACUCCAACGCCAGCGGCGGGACGCCCGUGCCGCCGGGCUUCGAGGACGGGGACGCCAGCUCCCGCAAGGGCCCCGGGCCCAAGGACCGCAUCAUCAUGGAGGUCACGCUCAACAAAGAGCCGGGCGUGGGCCUGGGAAUCGGGGCGUGCUGCCUCACCCUGGAGAACAGUGCCCCGGGGAUCUACAUCCACAGCCUGGCGCCGGGCUCUGUCGCCAAGAUGGACGGCAGGCUGAGUCGCGGGGACCAGAUCCUGGAGGUGGAGUCCAUGAGUCUGCGUCACGCAGCCCUGAGCGAGGCCUACGCCAUCCUCAGCGAGUGCGGGCCUGGUCCGGUCAGCCUCAUCAUCAGCCGGCACCCAAACCCCAAAGUUUCGGAGCAGGAGAUGGAUGAGGUGAUCACCCGCACCACGCACAGAGAGAGCAUGAGUAAGGACGGGCACUCGUCUCACGUUUUGGGACUCCCCUCCAAGAGCCCCACUCCCUCCAUGAAGGCAAAACAGAGCGAGGGCUCCUCCUCUCUCAGCUGGACCAUGAAGAGAUUCCUGGAGCCAGCUAGCCGGCAAGGGUCCCUGAGCUCCGAGGCCGAGCUGUCGCAGUACUUUUCGCACGACGUCCCCGGCCAGUCGUCCCUCUCCGAAACCAUGGCGAUGGGCUCCGGUGAAGACGACCUGCUCCAUCACAAGAGCUGCAGCACCUCACUGGAUGACACUGGGGCCUCGUCUCAUGCCUUCAAGGGUUCGCCAUGUGCUAGUAUGGAUGGCAGCCCUGUUUGUGCGGAUGGCAGUGGGAAGGUCGUUGGCCCAGUCAACCGUCACGUGGAGGUGGCCCGGCAGGCCAGCGUGGGCAGCAGCCCCAGCUCCGUCCGCAGCCCCCUCCUCCGCCAGCGCCGCAUCGUCUGCUACGAGGAUGAGGCCAGCGACGAGGACGACGACCCGCCCAGCGCCGAGGACGAGAGCGGAGGCGCCCCCUACAGGAGGGCCCUGCGGGGUGGGGCGGAGGCCCGCCGGAUCCCUGAGGAUGACUCGGGCAUCGUGAUCGCCACCUCCUCCGUGGAGGUGGAUGAGGAGAGCCAGGAUGGCGGGGAGCUGCACCGGAACCCGAGCAGCGAGGCGCCCACGCCGCUCUACAGCUCCGCCGACUCCGAGGAUGGGCCCGGGGCCGAGCCCCUCCCCCCAGGGGCGGAGUCUCCCUUCAUGCCCAUCCGCUGCCUGGACUACGACGGUGGCGGGGCAGGCGGUGGCCUGGGGGUGCGGAAGGACCCCCACCGCGAUGGACAGCUGGAGUCCAAGCGCUCCCCCAAACUCGAGCACAAGGCCGUGACGCGGGUCAAAAGCAUGAUGAGCAUUGAGUGUCCCAACCUGCCGCACCGCCCCAAGGGUGAGGAGCCGCCCCCGCAGCCCGCCCAGACUGGAGCUCCUUGCCCUACACCCCGCCCACCGUCCCACUGCAAGAAGGCGGAGACCAGCGAGCUGGCGGGAGUCUGCACCAUAGAGACAGUGGUACUUAGAAGAGGCAAGGAUGAGAGCUUUGGUCUGGACCUAGAAAUCAAGUCCUCCCCUCUGAAGGUGCUGAUCACAGGGCUGAGACCAGGAGGUGCUGCAGAGAGGGAGUCCCUGGGGAAGAUGUCCAUCGGAGACGAGAUUGUGGCUAUCGGAGACACCCCAGUCUGCACUUCGUCCUAUCAGGAGAUCUGUGACCUCAUGCACAACCUUCCAGUAACUCUCACCUUAGAGAUUAAAAAGCCAGUGUCAGCUGUAGACCGACUGUCUAGUCUGAUGAUGUCAUCGGGCAGUGAAGGAGGAACAUCCAGGAUGGAUUCCUCUAAAAAUCCCCCAGAGGAGAAUUGCAACGGAUUAGAGUGGAAGGACAGACCAAACCAAGCAAGUUCGUCCUCAGAGACCAAUUCAAAACACUCUGUUCAGACCAACCACAGGAACGAAAUGCCACCGAUAACCGAUAUUGAUGACUUUAUAACCGAACUGAGCUCCUCAGACAAAGUGCAGAAAAGUGAGCUUUCAGGCACUAGUUUGAAUAUACACCAUAAUGGAACUGUCCCUAACACAUGUGACAUUCCUAACCCACAAGAACAGGAGGACUCCUCAGCUCAGCCUCCACUGCGACCCAGCGUUUUGGAUUUUUCCGUUUUGGAUUCGGCCAGUAAUGGCUCGCUCUUACCUGUGGGCAAAGCAUUUUUGCACAGUUACUCCAGAAACUUCAGCAACCUGAGUGAGGAAGAGAGCUGUCCCUCCAAGGGACCUGGCGAGGAGAAUGACAGUGGUGCUGCUAAGUGCAUGUACAGCAUGGUGGAUGACAGUGAUUCUGAGAGCGACUCUGCCGCUGAGAAGGCCGUCUGUCUGGCCGAUGCACAAAGGUCUGAUCCACACUGGAGUGCUGAUCCGCUCCAGGCCACUGAGAUGCAGGCAGCAGACUCUGACGAGGAGGAAGUGGAGAUUUGUUACAGUGAACCUGAUCCCUCCAGGACUGUAAACCAGGCAGAGGAAUACAAAAUAAAAGAGGAUCCUGAAACUAUAUCAUCUCAACUUGAGGUCACUGGCUGCCAGAAUGUUAAAGGACAGGUUGUUGAUCCAUGCCAAGGGGACCCUCUGCCCUCUUCCCAGAAAGGGCCUUCCUCAGACUCAGCCUCACCCUGUCAAGCAGACAAAGGACUAAAUCUCUGUGAAUCUCUGGAACUACAGUACCCCUCAAUUCCCUGGUGCGCUAAGAAAGACAGCCCUAAUGUGGCUAACCAAUCAAACCCCUCCUUGGAGUCACCUCUUCCAGUAAGUCAUCAGUCCACAGAUAACUUCAUCACCCCUGACCGAGAAGAUCUAAUGAGUAGGGAGGAAAAGGUGUGCCAGUCUUCCAGGGACACAGUGCCAGUCCACAGCACUGAAACAUCAGACUGCUUCACAAAUGGGUCCACAAAGUCAUGUGACAAGGGUGUAGCAACUGCGAAACAACACCAUGCAUCCUUGAGUCCUGAUGAUUCCUCUCUUGUGCAGGUCAACUGCCAUGUCACCCCAAGGACACAGGAGAGGAUAGCAAAGUAUCAAGCAAAUGCAUUGCUGUCUUCUGAAAAACACCCUAAUCCUUCAGCCUCUCCCAGUUUGUGUGCUACAGAGUCAAGGAGUUCACAUUUAAGCAAUAGCAAACCAGGUGGGAGAGCAUCAGCUGCACUGGCAUCAAAAGAUGGGGAAAGAGAGAAGUCACCAAGUCCCCUUGAAUCCAGAUUAGUUCAGUCACAAACACAGAAUAACUCCACCAGUUUAUUUACCAAGGCCACAGCGAUCAAAUCAUUACAUGAAAGCUCCACCUCGCCUCAAGCAAACAGCAAACUCAAACUAAACGACAAGCAACAGAGAACAAACUCCGCUCCCAAGCUGAAGGGCUUAACUUGUAAAAGCAGAAGUAAGGUGCAAGACCAGCCUGUUGAGAAACCGAGACCUGAAAGCCCUAUACAGAAGAAACUCUCAGCUUCCCCACUGCAGUCUCCCAAACUCCAGCCCAAGAGAGCUUCUUUAACGUGCAGUUCACAAUCAGGGAAACCGUUGGAAAAAAGCUCUCCAACAUCUCCCAAACUCAUCGACCACAGACAAGUGAAGAAUGUGGCCGAUCCAGUCUCUUCCACAGUAGAAUCUGCAAAUUCUGUUAUGAAGGUCUCGCAUACUGGGUCACUUGUGGACAAGAGGAAAGAAUCUAUAUCUGAAAAGGUAAAACCAGAGGCUGAUUCUGUCCGUGAGGAAACUGAUUUAAAGUCUAAGGAAAGGCCUGCCACUCAGAGGAGUUUCAUUGAAGUGCGACUCUCAUCCUCAUCCCUGCCAUCAUCGUCAGCAUCCACACCCAUUCUGGGACGGAAAGAAACCCAGGAGAAAAUCACAAAUGCAAGCAUUUCAAACAAUUCUGCAGGUCUGGCAGGCCCUGCAGUGCUAAAGGAUUUCAUCAGAGGUGAAGACUCUCCAGGGUCAGCUCCUGUAACACAAAGCCGGGAAGAACCCUGCAGUCCUCAGCAUGAUGAACUUCUCAGUGCUAUCACUAAUAACAUAGCUGUCCAAAAGGAGAAUACUUCCAGAAAUCACAGCAUAACGGACAGCGGUGACUACAUGAAGGCCAGCAGGUCAAAAUUGCACCUUUUGAAGCUGGAACGUCGGAGCUACUCUACGGACAACAGCAUGUCUGCGCUCACCAACCCUUUCUCCGUCCGGCAGAGAAUCAAAUCCUUCGAGAACCUGGCCAACUGUGACAGGCCUCUGGUCAGGUGCAUUGACAUCCAGUCCUACGCCCUCACGUCCAAACCCCCGCUGAGCAGGAGGUCGUCGGGUUACGUAGCUUCAGCAGGUGCUCAUUCCGCCGAGUGUCGCUCCCUCAGGCGGAGCAUGAGCUCGUGCGCGGACAAUCUGGGCGAAACUUCUCCAGUCCUGCCCCACCUGAGGAAGUCUCCCCCCACUGGCCUUGAUUCCCACGCGGAGGAGAAAUUAGCGCCCACCUUACCUGAGCUGGAAGUGGACUGCAUGCCCCAGACCCCACCCCUAGUGCGCAGCAGGAACGCCCGGACCCGGUCGGGGGUGUCCCGCUCCAGGCUGAGAGAGCUGAGGGCGCUGAGCAUGCCGGACCUCGACAAACUCUGCACCGAGGACUUUGUCAGCGCUGGCGGCGAUGGCCUCACUUUCAGAACCGAGCUGGAGAUCCAGCCCAGGAGGUCUGCAGGGAGCCAGCUGGGCAGUUCCCACGGUAUGAGCACAGACGUCAUUAGGGGGAGCAGGAGCGGGACAUCCAGCAGUGCUGUGGGGACGGUAGGAUUGGUGUCCGGCGAAGACUCUUCUCAAAACAGGACCAGUGAGCAGCAGUCUGCAGAGAGCAGCUGGUCAAUCAGGCUGAGCGAGCUGACUGCGUCCCCCCUGGAGCAGAGGAAGCUGCAGGCUGUUCUGACCUCCCUGACAGAUAAAACAGAUGUGGCCGCCCUGAUGCAGGACUCCCAGGCCCUCGCUGAGGUUAAAGAAGAUAUUUACUUUGUGGUCUUAAGUAAAGAAGAAGGCUCCGGUCUGGGGUUCAGUAUUGCUGGAGGCGUUGACCUGGAGCAGAAGUCAAUAACUGUCCAUCGGGUGUUCUCCAGAGGGGUGGCAGGAGUGGAGGGGACACUUCAGCGGGGGGACAGCAUAUUGUCCAUCAACGGCACAGCUCUGGCAGGAACUACACACGGGGAGGCCCUGUCCUGUCUCCAUAGCGCCCGGCUGCCAAGGCAAGCCCUGGUCGUCAUCCGCAGAGGGAAGGACAGCGAGCCCUUGUCCCCCAGGCAGGACAUCUCCACCAGACCAGGAAGGCAGUCUCCAUCUUCCAGAGACAUCACUGUGGAAGUGGGAGCAGCUGUGGAGGUGGGGCCUGAUGGGGCUCUUAGCGUGGAGCUGCAGAAGACCUCCGCUGGGCUGGGCUUCAGUCUGGAUGGGGGAAAAGCCUCCGCGCAAGGGGACAGACCUCUCAACAUCAAGCGCAUAUUCAGAGGGGGUGCUGCAGAGCUCUCAAGGGUCAUUGAUGUUGGUGAUGAAGUGCUGGCCAUCAACGGACGCUCUCUACAGGGACUCAUGCACUACGAUGCAUGGAACAUUAUCAAGUCUGUCUCGGAUGGCCCGGUCCAGCUGGUGAUCCGAAAACCCAGAACUUCUGUAUGACGACAAGGCCUCUUACCUUGGUGUGAGCAUUUGCUAUGGAGUGGAACUUGAUCUCACUGGAGCCAAGUCAAGAGGACCUAAUAACAUGCUGUGUACAUAAGAGAUGGACUAGUAUUUUCACUUUUAUACUUUUCAAACAGUUAAAUUUAUUAUAUUAAUGCCAUUGUUCAUGUGUAUGCACUGCUCAGCCACAAGGUGUAUUGCGCUAGUGCUGUUGUUUAUGAAGUGGGGAGGGGCCUGUGAUGGAUUUAUCAAUUCGUAUUUCAAAGAGUGAUCAGCGUAGUACACCUGCUGUUUUUGUUUUUUUUUUGGUUGCGUGAUUCUGGUCAGGGUUGUUUAAACAUGACAUUUCA